GAGCAGUUGCCCCGGUCCUCGCCGGGCAUGUGCAUCACCUUCUGGACGCUCGAUCAUCCCCAGUAUCACUUGGUCAUCUGCGCAAACAGAGACGAAUACCUUGCCCGUCCUACUCGAGCAGAGGCAUGGCACAACUUCUCGCCAGAAGACAAUGACGUGGCCGACACGCCUUCAAGCUCAUCUGCCGUUCUGUCCGGUCUUGAUCUGCUUGCAAAGGGUACAUGGCUUGGCAUCAACCGUCAGGGCAGACUGGCCAUCCUUACCAAUUACGCCGAGCCAGUUGCCUCGCCAGGCACGAAGCUCUCACGGGGAGAUCUGACCAAAGGCUGGCUCAUGCUCGAGGAACGAAGCAGCAAAAGUAUGGACGAUUAUCUGGCUCGUGUCGAACGCACCAAAGAUGACUAUCCUGGCUUCAAUCUGCUCCUUGGGCAGCUCACGGAUGACCCUUCAGAUCAUGCACAGAAGCGAUAUGACCUGGCGCUCGUCUCCAAUCGAUCAGGUCGCGAGGCCCAACGGCAUCUCACCGGCGAGGAACGUGCUGGCGGGAUGACUAACGGUGGCAUGUCUUGCGGCGAGGCAGCUUGGCCAAAGGUCAAAAGCGGACAGCCCGUCUUUGACCAGCUCAUCGAGUCCAACAAGACGGAGCGAGACUUGAAGGAAGGAAUAUGGGAUCUCUUGAGCAAAUCGGGCUCUGCCGCAAGCUUCGAGAGCACAGAGGGCUUGCUACAGUCCAUCAUGAUCUUGCCGCACACGCGCAAAGAGCUGCAAAGGCUCUAUGGCACACGCCUGCAGCAACUCAUCCUGAUCACACGCGAAGCAAAACCGAGAGCGAUCUUCUAUGUACGAGAAGCAUGGUCGAUCGAUACCGACGUUCCUAACCAGCCGCAAAAGGACGCUGUUUGGUCGGGCAAAGAACCAAGCUACUCGAACAUGAUCGCACUACAAAGCUACGAUGACCGCAAGGUGUCAGCUCUUCAUCAGCCGCAAAUGCAUAUGGACCUCCGCACAUACUGCGCCUCCAUCAAUCUGCCUCACCGUCUGCCUCGUGCACCACAGAACCUCGCAAAGAUCAGCUUCGAUAUGGCGAGCAAGUAUCCUGAGUUGGCUGAUGUGCCGAUGACGUACAUCAGAGAGCAACUCCGACAGCUCUCGCCUGAAAUGCUCAGAAUGACUACUCUGUCUUACAUCAAUCAGCCCGACACGACCCAAUACAGGCAGCUCGAAGACCUGCCAGACGUCAUGAGUGUUACUGUGCCUGUGCACGCUCUGGCGCCUACUCACAUACUCGCGCUCUGGACGCCCAAAUCGACUACACAACGGGUCUACUUGCUGCCUGCGCAUGGCAUCGUCUUUGAGCACGCAUCUUCUUUUCUGACGCCGAUCGACUCGUUCGCAUCACUCGGAAGAGUCCUGAGCGAUUGUACAAACCUGCCUACCCAAACGUCAUACUCAGAUCACGCAAAGCAACUUCGCAUGGAGGCUAGCACCGACACGGAACAGAGACUGGAAUACACUGCACAAGAUCUGCCGCUCAUCAAGCUCUGUUUGCCGGAAUCAGCUGCAGAUUUCCACCUUCUGCAUGCGUAUCUCUACACGCGCUCAUCUCGAGGUCUGCUUGCUGCCCUCUUGCCGCCUACAAGCCAGAUCCAGUCCUCGCAUGGUUAUCGCAAAGCCGUCUGUGAUCCGAGGUCGAUGAAUGUCAUGAUGGACAGACUCAGGCUCUGUCACCGUCUGUGGGCAUGCAUCGUCGCUCUCGGCAUAGAGGACAGACCGGAUGGCGAGUUCGAGCUCUGGCACGUCCUCGACGUCGCUUGGCAUGCCAUCCUGACUGCGCUCAUGCAUGCACGGGACGGAAAAGUCACAAGAGCUGCAUGCGUCGAAGUACAGUAA